AUGCGUAUUCCCGUAGACCCGAGCACCAGCAGGCGCUUCACACCCCCGUCCACGGCCUUCCCCUGUGGUAAGAUGGGAGAGAACAGCGGGGCGCUGGGGGCCCCUGCACCGGGCGCCCGGGCUCGACCUGAGGUCCGCUCCGUCGUGGAUGUACUGGCCGACCACGCUGGAGAGCUGGUGCGCACCGACAGCCCCAACUUCUUGUGCUCGGUGCUGCCGUCCCACUGGAGGUGCAACAAGACGCUGCCCGUCGCCUUCAAGGUCGUAGCCCUCGGAGAUGUACCCGAUGGGACGGUGGUCACGGUGAUGGCUGGGAACGACGAAAAUUACUCGGCCGAGCUCCGCAACGCCUCUGCCGUGAUGAAAAAUCAAGUAGCAAGAUUUAACGAUCUCAGAUUUGUUGGGCGAAGCGGCAGGGGAAAAAGCUUCACCCUGACGAUCACGGUGUUCACCAACCCCACACAAGUCGCAACCUAUCACCGAGCCAUUAAAGUGACUGUCGAUGGACCCCGCGAGCCACGGAGGCACAGACAAAAGCUAGAAGACCAAGCCAAACCCUUCACCGAUCGCUACGGGGAGCUGGAACGGCUGCGCCAGUCCAUGAGAGUCACCCCAACAACACCCAACCCCCGCGGAUCCCUCAGCACCCCAAGCCACUUUGGGUCCCAGGCUCAGACUCCAAUACAAGGCACGUCGGACCUGAGCCCGUUCUCGGACCCGCGUCAGUUCGAGCGCUCGUUCCCGGCGCUGCCGGCGCUGAGCGAGAGCCGCUUCUCGGACCCGCGGAUGCAUUACCCCGGCGCCAUGUCCGCCGCCUUCCCCUACAGCGCCACGCCGUCUGCCACGAGCAUCGGCGGCCUCAGCAUGACCAGCAUGCCCACCACCACACGCUUCCACCACACCUACCUGCCGCCCCCCUACCCCGGCUCCACGCAGAACCAGAGCGGACCCUUCCAGGCCAACCCCUCUCCCUACCACUUGUACUACGGCACGUCCUCGGGCUCGUACCAGUUCUCCAUGGUGGCUGGUGGCGAGCGCUCGCCCACGCGCAUGCUCUCCUCCUGCACCAGCGCCUCGGCGGGGAACAACUUAAUGAAUCCCAACCUGGGCAGCCAGAGCGACGGCGUGGAGGCAGACGGGAGCCACAGCAACUCACCCACCACCAUGACGACGACUGGGAGGAUGGAUGAGUCGGUCUGGAGACCCUACUAGGAGGAACUCAUCCGGGCACCCCGUAGCUUUAACUUAAUCAGCCACUGUUAGUCCUUUUGAUAGUGAAGAGAGCAAAAUGAUGCCUAGGGAAAAGGUAAACCAAAGUGUCCCAAAACCAAAGCAAACCAGGAUCCUGUGCGUGCGUGGGCAGACGGACCAGGAGCUGCAUCACACUUCAAGAUGAACAUCCACGAGGCUUCGGUUUGUUGCUUGAUGUGGUUCCUUUCGUCUGCUUAAAGUAUGUGGAUUGUACAUAGGGAAAACACAAAACCAGCCCAAAGGGACUUGUGGAAUCAGAUGUUUGUUUCUUGCAGAACACUCCUCAGUCAUCUCCCUCGCACCUCGUCCCCACACAAAGCAUUCGGAGCUCAACCUUCUGCAGAGCGAUGCAGAGGAACGACCGGGGGGUCGCCCAAGGCACCUCUCUGCCAGGGCAGGAAGACUGGACUCAAGAGGAAAAAAAAGAAAAGCCCCCUCCCCCCCAUCUUCUCUCCUUCCCAACAGCGUAGGGCCCGGCCACCACGGAGCUGCGGGACGCUGCGGCACGUCAGGGUCUGGGCGACAGCACAGCCACGGCAUCAGCCACGUGAACAGGAGCUGUGGUGGGAUUAUUGUUACUUGGUGCUGAUGGCAGGGGUUGUAUUGUUCCUUUUUGUCGUUGUCAUAGUUUUUAGCCCAGUAACGUGGCUGAUCCCGUGCCCAGCAGACCCUCUCCUGUAUGUUUACGUAUGUCCCUUUUACCAGGCGUGUUUCCUCCUGUUUGCUCUUUUGUCCUGACCUCACCACUCAAUUCUUUGCUCCUGUUUGUUAGCAAAUCUCAGUAAUGGUGCCUGGAGCAAAGGCAGCAUCCAGGACAAUCUCAGAGGAGGCACUUCCAAGCACAUUAGCUGCAGAAGGGACCCAGAGCCUCUGGCAUGACCCUGCCACUGGUCUCUGUGUCUUCCUUUCAUCCUCUCUGAGGAUGCACAUGCAGCUGAUGGCAAAGCAUCGCAUUCCUGUUACGAUUCCUUCCCAUGGUUUCACCCAGAGCAGACUGACACGGGAUGACUUUGUGAAUUAAGAGAAGAUUUGCUCUUGUCAGUUUGUACCACAAGCUCUUACUGGGAUUUGGAGAAAGGAGCAAUCUCUACUCAGUCCCUUGGUGGUGGGAAUAUUGUGAAGCAAUGGGAUCUGGCUUUUUCUAUCCUCUCCCCCUCCUUUCCUCCCCCACAAGUGCCCCAGAGCACAGGUGUCUUGCUGUAGAUGAAUAAGCUGAAGCAGCAGCACUAAAGAUCCCCCCAGCACGUCAGAACCUGGUUGCAUCACGUGCAGCCUUGUAGCUGAUACCAUUGAGAUCUCAGUGUGAGCAAGGGCUGUGCUGGGAGGCUGUGGGGGUCCCUGGGGUCUCCUGUGCCCCAGCUCCGAGGCACACCCAGGGUUUUUUGGCUUCCCCAAGCUGUCUGUGCCUUCUGCUGGCGAGGGGAUUCGGGCUGGCCUCGGGAUUCCUCGUGCUGGCAGGUUGUGGGGCAGCAUUUAAAGCGAUACCCCGUGCCCCAGGAGCCUGCCCUGGGCUGCAGCCCCCAGUGCCACCACUAAACAAGCCUUUUAAUUUAUUUCCUUUGGGAUUUUUUUUGCAUAAGCAAGAGAAAACUGAAUCCCCAGAGCUGCCCUCCCAGCCCCUCUGUCCAAGCUACACCAUCACAGCCUGUCACCGAAUCUCAGCUGGCUGCUUGUCAGCCCUCCAGGGUUGUAAUUGCACUACCAUGUCAAGACUGGAGCAAGGCACCCCAUCUUCCUGGGACAGCUGCAGUGACCACUCCUGAGUUAAAUAAGCACCAAGAACAACAACUGUUUUAAAUAAUAACAAUAAUAAUUAAUUAAAAGCCCUACCCCAGCAAAGCUGCAACUUCCCCCUCGCUGCAUUCACCUGUCCCACCCGGCCGUGCCACUGGUGGAAAGCACAAAGGAAACAAGGCAUCUUAGUACCAGGCUAAUUUAAGACUGAUGUUAGUGAAUUUAAAAGGAAAAAAAAAAGAAAAGAAUGGCCAGGAUGGUGUUUUUGUGACAUAUUGUCAUGUGAAGGGGUGGGUGUCUGCACCUCUGGUGUGCACAAACGCUCCUGAGACAGGCCAAUGUUUUCUGCUUUGCACUAUAAUUUGCUUUUUUAAAGAAAGAUGCACAAUUGCUUGUACAGUGAAACCCCUUUGGCUCACAGAAUAUUUAACUAUGGAAAAAAAUCUAAUGUUUGGUCUUAUUUGUUAUAAUAAUAUAAUUCUUAAAUGUGUUGAAGGAUCUGACUUAAUAAUGCUUCUGAUACGUGUGUGUGCAGGGUAAAGUGCCAACAGCCAGCCAAGUAGAUGAGAACAGAGACCUUUGUGGAUAAAGGGUGAAGUUGGUUUUUUUAAUGGUGUCUUAUGAUGGACAUUAAAACAAAUGCUAGUGAUGCCCAGUAAUGUGGUUAUUUGUGUAAAACACCAGCCCUACUUGAAGGCAAUGCCCUAUAUUUAAUAUGUAGCCCAUCUUUUUAACCUGUAGCAC